CGCCCAACCACUGUCGCCAUGGCGGAGCACCACCACCAGGGUCCCACGGACGCCGUGAAGAGUUACCUCCCCGACAACGUCCCCUCCACCUCCCAAGGACUCGCCGUCGCCAUUCUCUUCCCAUUCGGCAGCAUCCUCCUCAGCCUCUCCGUCCUCAUCCUCACCAGCACCCUCUUCUGCAUCGCCGUCUCCGCCCCGCUCUUCCUCCUCUUCAGCCCCAUUAUUGUCCCGGCCGUCAUCACUCUCGCCCUCGCAGUAGUCGGGUUCUUGACCUCCGGGGUUUUCGGCAUCACGGCGCUCUCGUCGUUCAUGUGGAUCGUUACUUACUUUAGAAAGAUGAGGGCGAGCUGGCCGGAGCAGUUCGAGCAAGCCAGGCGGCGCGUAGGGGACGCGGCGAGCCAUGUGGGCCAGAAUGUAAGGGAGGUGGGCCAAAAGGCCCAAGCUACCGCAUGGUCUUGA